AAUGGUAAAAUUUGUUGUUUUGCUCGUGGCUGACUGGCACUAAAGAUUAUCCUCUGUGUCCAUUAUCUAAAUAAUAAUUCAAGAUGAACGGAAAUCGUUUAAAUUUGCAGGAUGUAGUCGGAGGUGAGGUGUUUUACCUAGAUCCUUCAACAAAUUUGGCUACAACUCGGACAACAGAGUUUCUUGAACGUGAUGUGUAUGAAAUUCACCAAUUGUUUUAUCAAAUAUGGACUGACUCUAAUAAAGUGAAGAGAGAUUUCUCACUAGAGAGAGCUGGAUACACUGCUUUGAGAAGCGAUGAAGAUACGAACCGAAAUGUGAAAAUAUGUCAACGAAGAAGAAAAACUGCACAAGCUCCAGGGCCGAAAAAGAGAUUACUAGCAAACGGUUGUUCAUAUGAGGACAACAUUACCAAGGGUUGUACUGCGGAGAUAGAAAAUAUUUUCCGGGUGGGUUUGUAUUCGGCAGAUGCUUUCACAGGGAUACAAAUCCGUCAUCGUGCUAGACGGUUGAAAGGAGACGACAAAGGUUCCCUCAGGCCAGAAAACGGUGAAAUAUUCAUCGAAGCUAAUGGUACUCGUGAUAAGCUGGACCGUAUAAUAAUGAAUGAAAUUGAAAAAGUAAGGAAACUUGUAAAAAAUGAAGAAAUUCCUCUGCCUAUGUCUACUAAAAAGAAAGUAGUAGGAAAAAUCCCUCCUUACGUGGCAAAAUCGACUCGCCGAAGACUAUACUGUCCACGAAAGGAUUGUGUUUUUGUUACAAUUUAUGCUCGGGAUUUGAAAGAUCAUGAGGAUAAGCAUGAUGGUGUCAAACGUUAUGGUUGUGAUUUGUGUAACAAAAAGUUUGCAACUCAAUGGUACAUGAAACAACAUGUCAAAAAAGGUUGUGAAGAUCGAAGGAAAACUGAAAAGAAGACCCCUAUUCGAGAUAUGUCAGCUAAAAGGUUGUCAUUACGAGAACUCGAUGAUAUGCCUUCGUCAUCAAAACGACCUGCUUUACUUGAUAUUCGAAACCAACCUAAUCAGUCAUAAAUUAACUUACCUGUUUAAAAGAUAACUUAGCUUUAUCGAUCUCCAGAUAGUUGUGAUUAUUGAUUAAUGUAACAUUAGGUGGUGCAAAGCAUCUUAUAGAUAGCCUUUUGUUAAAAAAUGUGUCAUAUUUUAUGCGGUUAAUAGAAGAAA